AGCCUUUCCUUGUCACUUAUCGGCGAAAUAGAAAACAUACGUACUGCACCAAAGCAGAUCAUACCAUAAGUGAGUGGUACAGUGUGUGGAUAUGAAGUGUGUUUAAAUUUCGUGAGGCUCGAUAAAGCUGCAACCGCAAAUCAGAUAAGCACUGACCAGUAGUGACUUCCUCAACUCAGUAUCUCCCUCGAUGUCAUUGAUCUCCACUGGGAACGGACAACCGUUAUCAUCCUCCUAAAUGAACCGGACAAUCACGGCCUAAUUUCUCCUACGCAUUAUUUUGAUCGUAUUGUGGCCUUGAGCACACCAAAGCCAGGAGAUGAUAUCGAAGCUGCUGUACCUGCUGCUGUUGGCUCUGAGUGUUCACUAUCAGGACACCGAAGCCAGCACGCAUUGGCUGUUGAACACCAACGGGCAGAUCAUUCCGCAGCUUACGUCGCCCUUCUAUCUGCGUCGAUCGUACGACCUGAUCGCGUUCCUCAACCAGAAUGUCUACAAGCAGAAAAUAGAUCUGAUCAUUAGCGAACUGUUGGCGAUCAAAUCGAAUCUCACCGCCAAGAUGAACAAUCUGGACGCGUACACCAAUGACCUGACGACGAAGAUCGGUUGCAUACCGAACUUCUACCUGGACGAGUCGGACAUCCUCAGUACGAUCAUAAACAUGAACUAUAUCAACCGGAUUACGAUACCGGAUAAGGGAUCGGCGGCAGCUGGUGCCGCCAGUUCCAAGGCUGUGACCACGAAGGGGAAAGUUCCUUCUCCCAAGUGUGGAGACUAUAUGAAGCUAGAUUUUAGCGUAGGUAGUUUCGAUCAUCUGGAUGGAGUCUACAACCGAUCCCAGCUGAAAAUGGUUCCAGAAGAUAUGUUCAAAUCGCUAGAAUUCUACGUACCUUCAGUCAAGUCCCCACAAGCCUUGGCAGAAGAACUGCGGAAGAAUCCCAACUCCUGGAAGUAUCACACGAUUGCGUCCUACUAUUGGCGCAAGAAGGGCAAUGCCCGGGAAGCAAUAGAAUGUGCUCGGAGAGCAGUGGUGCUGGCACCACGAAAAUACAAAGACAUAGCGCUGCUCAGUAUGGGCACCAUACUGCAGCGAUCGCAGUGCCUCAACGAUUCGCUGGUUGUGCUGCGGGCAGCCGUAGAUCACGAACCCAACGAACCGGAAAAUCAAAUGGCUCUAGGCAAUACGUACAUGUUGCUGUCUGAGUUCAAUCGAUCCUUCGAAGCCUAUAAGGCGGCCGAGACUUUGGACUCGGUUUAUGCCGAGCAUAAUGACUACAUCAAGAAGUCGAUCAACUGUUUCAAAGAUCUCAAAAUUAACCUGCUGACGAUGGAAAGGUUACUUCAGGACAUCAUUCCCGGACUGGAGAGAUAUGGAGCUCUACAGAAAGAAUUUGAUGAAUAUCAUGAAAAACUUGACCGGGAGCAGGCUCCCCUGAAAACGCGCGUCUUCGACGACGCCUACAGCAAGCAGGUGGACUUCCUGAUCCAGCGCAGCCAGAUAUGCACCACCCGGAUGACGAAGGAGAAGAGCGAACCCAUCCUGUCCUGCGACUUCAUCUCGGACGUGCAGAUGCUGAUGGAGGACUUUGCCGUCGAGAUCCUGAACAACUACGUGGACCUCAAGAAAGAACUGAUCAACACGUACAAAAUCAACUCGCUCGGGAUCUACAAGAAGAUCUUCGUGGAGCAUUUCUGAUGGCUUCGGGAUGUGAUAUUGAUUUGUUCGAGUUUGUUUCAUUUGUUGAGACUAGAGUUAGUUUUGGAAAUAAUUCUCAAUGCUCCUUUUUGUAGCGCCUUUUUUUAUUACAUAUCAAGGAGACAUAAUUUUAUCUACCAACGUUGUGUUGUUCGCCUUACUCGUUACCAAACGAAGCAAAUAAGUUUUAUCGAAAAAAAUACAAUGUUUUAAACAUUCAAUA